AAGAAGCAGAGGCGAGAAGCGAGGAGCGGCGGAGGCCCUUCCAGCAGAAGCAGGAGGUGGCAGCGGCGGCGGAGGAGUGGGCGGUGGAGGAGGAGAAGAAGGAGGAGGAGGACGCACGGGCUGGAGGCGGCGGCGGCAGCGGCGGCGGCGGCUGCUGCUGCGGCUGCGACUCGGCGCUUUGAGCCGGAACCGCCGGUGAACUUGGGCGCCACGUUCCCGGUGACGGGCCCCCGAGGAUGGUGAAUGCAGGCUGCUGCUGACCCUACCUCCGCCGCUGUUUCUCGGGGGCUGCCGAGUGCUGGGCCCUCAGUCUCCUACCCUUGUCCGGCUGUGGGUGAACCUGCAGGCUCCUUACCCACCCGGAGGACUUUUUCUGAAAGGAAACCAGGGAGGGAGGGAGAGGGAGAAAGGGAGAAAACGAAGGGGAGCUCGUCCAUCCAUUGAAGCACAGUUCACUAUGAUCUUACUCACAUUCAGCACUGGAAGACGGUUGGAUUUCGUGCAUCAUUCGGGGGUAUUUUUCUUGCAAACCCUGCUUUGGAUUUUAUGUGCUACCGUCUGCGGAACGGAGCAGUAUUUCAAUGUGGAGGUUUGGUUACAAAAGUACGGCUACCUUCCACCAACUGACCCCAGAAUGUCGGUGCUGCGCUCCGCGGAGACCAUGCAGGCCGCCUUAGCUGCCAUGCAGCAGUUCUACGGCAUUAACAUGACAGGAAAAGUGGACAGAAACACAAUUGACUGGAUGAAGAAGCCUCGAUGUGGUGUACCUGACCAGACAAGAGGUAGCUCCAAAUUUAAUGUUCGUCGAAAGCGAUAUGCAUUAACAGGACAGAAGUGGCAACACAAACACAUCACUUACAGUAUAAAGAACGUAACUCCUAAAGUAGGAGACCCUGAAACCCGCAAAGCUAUUCGCCGUGCCUUUGAUGUGUGGCAGAAUGUAACUCCUCUGACAUUUGAAGAAGUUCCUUACAGUGAAUUGGAAAAUGGCAAACGCGAUGUGGAUAUAACCAUCAUUUUCGCAUCUGGUUUUCAUGGAGAUAGUUCUCCCUUUGAUGGAGAGGGAGGGUUUUUGGCACAUGCCUACUUCCCUGGACCAGGAAUUGGGGGAGAUACUCAUUUUGACUCAGAUGAGCCAUGGACACUAGGAAAUCCUAAUCAUGAUGGAAGUGGAAAUGAACCAGUUAACUACCAGGUCUAUCCAGGAAAUGACUUAUUUCUUGUAGCAGUUCACGAACUGGGACAUGCUCUGGGAUUGGAGCAUUCCAAUGACCCCACUGCCAUCAUGGCCCCAUUUUACCAGUACAUGGAAACUGACAACUUCAAACUACCUAAUGAUGAUUUGCAAGGCAUCCAGAAAAUUUAUGGUCCACCUGACAAGAUUCCUCCACCGACAAGACCUCUACCGACAGUGCCCCCACACCGCUCCAUUCCUCCAGCCGACCCACGCAAGAAUGACAGGCCCAAACCUCCUCGGCCUCCCACUGGCAGACCUUCCUAUCCUGGAGCCAAACCCAACAUCUGCGAUGGGAACUUUAACACUCUAGCUAUUCUUCGCCGGGAGAUGUUUGUUUUCAAGGACCAGUGGUUUUGGCGAGUGAGAAACAACAGGGUGAUGGAUGGAUACCCCAUGCAAAUUACUUACUUCUGGCGGGGCUUGCCUCCUAGUAUCGAUGCAGUUUAUGAAAACAGUGAUGGGAAUUUUGUCUUCUUUAAAGGUAACAAAUACUGGGUAUUUAAGGAUACAACUCUUCAACCUGGUUAUCCUCAUGACUUGAUUACUCUUGGAAGUGGAAUUCCCCCGCAUGGUAUUGAUUCAGCCAUUUGGUGGGAAGAUGUUGGGAAAACCUAUUUCUUCAAGGGGGACAGGUAUUGGAGAUACAGUGAAGAAAUGAAGACCAUGGAUCCUGGCUAUCCCAAACCAAUCACAGUCUGGAAAGGUAUCCCUGAAUCUCCUCAAGGAGCCUUUGUGCACAAAGAAAAUGGCUUUACGUAUUUCUACAAAGGAAAGGAGUACUGGAAAUUCAACAACCAGAUACUCAAAGUAGAACCUGGAUAUCCCAGAUCCAUCCUCAAGGAUUUUAUGGGCUGUGAUGGACCAACAGACAGAGAUAAAGAAGGACACAGCCCACCAGACGAUGUAGACAUUGUCAUCAAACUGGACAACACAGCCAGCACUGUGAAAGCCAUAGCUAUUGUCAUUCCCUGCAUCUUGGCCUUAUGCCUCCUUGUAUUGGUUUACACUGUGUUCCAGUUCAAGAGGAAAGGAACACCCCGCCACAUACUGUACUGUAAACGCUCUAUGCAAGAGUGGGUGUGAUGUAGGGUUUUUUUUCUUUCUUUCUUUUCCAGGAGUUUGUGGUAACUUGAGAUUCAAGACAAGAGCUGUUAUGCUGUUUCCUAGCUAGGAGCAGGCUUGUGGCAGCCUGAUUCAGGGCUGACCUUUCAAACCCAGAGGGUUGCUGGUCCUGCACAUGAGUGGAAAUACACUCAUGGGGAAGCUUCCAUGAUGCACAGUAUCUGCCGUUCUUCAGUCCUUUGUCUUUCUUUGUCAUUCAGUUCUAGGCCUUUCCUCUGCACGCUCAAUGCCCAGUAAAUUUUCAGGAUUAACUAAAGAAGAGGAAAAAAAGAAGAAAAGAUUCUUCUUAAAGGUUUCUAAUAUUAUUUUCCUUCUGAAGUCUGAGCCCAUAUCUGGGGGAAAAAAGCAAAAUGGAAAAACCCAUGAAUUUUUUGCUUUAAAGCAAAGAAAAAAAAGGUUAAACAAAAAACCCACAAUUGAACUUUCAGGAAAGUGUGAAGACCCAAAACAGCUUUGUCUCCAAAGAAGAUAGCUCUCUGACUGCUAUGGAUAGUCUCCUACACUUCAUUUUUGUCAGGUGGGAGAUCUGGAAUACACAUGCAGGACUUUAGACUGUUGGGACAGCCAUUUUCCAACAAACAAGGGGCCAAAAUAUCUGCAAUAUAGUAACAGCCUUAAUAAUACAUCCAUUUUUCGUUUUAUACAGCUGUUCUCAGCUAUGUCCUCAAUGUUUCAUCACAUUUAUAUUCAUAGCUAUAUUCAAACAGGACCUUUUGAUUGUUUUGAAGUGUUUCUAAUCCCCUUCCUGCCACCUGACCCCUACAUCAUUGUGAUAAUCUCCCCAAGUUGUAUUAGGCCAUUGCCCCAGGCCUUUCAUGGGUCUGUCAGGAAUAUUCAUUAAGAGCAAGAAGCAGUAUGUCUCCAAAGUGGUUUAAAGUGACAGUUAUUUUACAAGGAUAUGUGACACUAGUAAUACAUUGGUGUAACCCUUUGAGAACUAUCAGACCAGCUUUCAGAGUCUUAGGAUUGUCAGUCUUGCUAUCUGGUAAAUUAUAGAACUGGGCAAUGGUAAAAGCAGGCACAGGUUCAAGAAGUUCAGGUUUUUAAAACAGAUAUCCUAUAGCCCCAUGUAAUUUUUAAGCGAUUUGCGGUACUACAUAAAUGCGUUUAUAGUAAACAGAAAUGUUACUUGCCAAAAAUUUUUCUGGCAAAUAAAAAGGUAUUUUAUUAAGAAAAUGCUAAGAGUGAAAUUUUAUUUGAAGAACUGAUUAUAAUAGCUUAAGUCUUUUUUCCCUUAGACAUAUUGAAUUUCUGUUUUAAAAUCCAUUGCAUGAAAAUUCAGUUUGCCUUGGUACAUGCAGUUAGCAUUGCCAUUUUAAAAAUGACUUAAAAUGAUGACUCUGAGAUUGCAUGAAUAUCCUCCAGUACAUUACCUAUUGCAUGUCAACCAUAGUUCUCAAAGGGUUAGUGUGGCUUCUGGCAUUUAGCCAUCCAUUUGAUCACUGACAGAGCCAAGAGACCACCAAAGCAUUUCAUUGUUGAGUGUAAUUUGUCCUAACAGCAGUAUUGUCAUUUUCAUGUGACCUGCAGAGCAGGUUUGUAUCAAUAUUUUUUUCCUAGAGAAAAGUCAGCAACUGACAGACCUCUUUAUUGAUUUUUAGGAGCUGCUUCUUGCAGUGAAAGGCUUUACAGCCACUGGGCUGUGAACUUAUUAGAGAUGGUCAGACGGAAUGCACCCCAUGAGUCAGACAUUGGCUUUGUGUGAAAGCCAGCUUUUGAGGGGAUUAGCUUUUGAAACAAUGAACAGCUUGCCUUGAACUUGAUUAUUGAUCUGUUGACUGUCAUUAACAACAACUUAAACAUUGUCUUCUGUGAAAAUUUUCCUUGAGGAGUCCUGUUCUGUGUCUUUGCCCUUUGACCUUUAACUUGCAAACUGGCACAAACUGAAGGAAAUCUGGUAUUGCUUCUCCUUUGGAGUGUUAAUUGUACUCUAAAACCCUAGUAAGGAUGAGCUGUUUCCUUAGAGUAGAGAGAGAGAAAGUGUUGAUGGUGGAUCUGCAGAUGGACACUUUGCUAUUUACAUGCACACUCGAAAAAUGCCCUAUAGGUAGAAGUGACUUUUAAUUUUCCUUUAAUAUAAUUUCAAGUCUAAAUUCAUCAUUUUAAGUACAAAUAUAAAACUAUAGGGAAAAAAAAAAAAAACCUCAAAAUACUUGAAUGGCCAGUGUGGCUUUUAUACAAAGCAGGAAUUUUAUACUAGUGAAAAUUUCUUACUCAUUUGCUAAUAAUACACAUUUCCAGAUGAUUUUUAAUGAGUGUAGGUACACAUUCUUAUUUGGAAAUGGAUAGUUUGGCUGCCUUGAAUUUAUAUUUAUACUCAACAUAACAUGAAAAUUAGAAUAUCUUUCGGUUAAACAACAUGUUUAUGAAUUGGUUUGGGAAAAUAUUUUGUAAUCAUGGGUGGCAUGCUGCAAAGCCUUUGCAGAUUGUUAUUUCUUACAACCUGAACAUAUAUAAUGUAAGGAUAAGAAAAAAAGAACAGUUAAAAAAGAGGAAUGGCUUUACAGCAAAACAUUAUGUAAUGCAAACUGUAUUUUGACAAGAUUAUCAGAGAUUAUGUAUGUGAGGGCCAAGAAAGAAAGCAUGGGGAGAGGACCAAAAUCAGUCCCAUAGCUUUACUUCAGUGCUUCCAUUCUAGAUGAUGCUGAUAUUAUAAAGAGUUAGCCACUUCUACUGAGUAUGGAGGACUAUAUACGUAAGCUCACUCAUACAGUGUUUGCUUAUGGGAGGGUUUAAUCCUUUUAGGACCUUGAUGUCAAGAAAAAAGAUGACUGGAAAUUAUAUUUUGCUAAACAUAGAAAUGAGGAACUAUGUUAUUUGGGGACAUGGGUAAAUCAUUGAGGAAUUCCAUCAACCUGCAUUAAACAUUGAUUUUAUUUUUUUUCUAAAAUGAGAAAGAAACUGAAGAAGCAAUCUUUUGCCUCUUUACUCAUUUGUCACAAUAUCCUGAUCCAUCAUAAGACUAUUAGUAUAUAAGGGCUGGAAAAUAAUCAUAGCAUUAAGAAAGGAAAGACCCUAUCAUUAUGCUUGAAUUCUGAAAAUGUCAUGGAUAAGUGUUGGGUCAUAUUUACUUCAAUAUGAAAUGAGAUUUAUGUGAUAAGAAAAGGCAUAUACAGCUUCUCUCUUUACUAGAAUAGUUAAAUUUUCAGGCUGUGAGACUACAAGAGAUAAGAAAAUAUUAAGUUCCAUAUAAUCACAAACAUCAAGAUUCUAUUUGUUUAUUGUACACAGAGCACUUUGUGAGUAUGGUUGCUGACUCCUCUUCCUCUUGGGGUUUGGGGGAAAAAAGUCUCAAUCCUAUUGGAGUAGUGAAAGGGACAGUGACCAAUUGGUCUAGCAAAUAAGAAUAGUGAUUCAAAAACGUGGAAUAAAUUUCCAUGGGUCAACAAUAUAAUGUACCAAGUUCAGUAUCAAUAGAAACAUACAGUCUAUCAAAUAUUUUUCAUCACACAUCAUUAAUAGCAUGGAAAGUUCAGACCUAGGGUUUCUCAAAUUGAAAAACACAUUCAUGAUCACAAAACAUAAUUCUUCUGUUUCAUUUUUAAUACUUUAAUAUAAACACAAAUGUAAACAAAGUAAUGUUCCUUACAUAAAUUAACUCUAUAGUCUAUAAUUUUAGCCAGAUAUUAUUGUUCUGUAUAUUAUUAACUGGACUGAAAUGAAGUAUUAAAAUAAACAGUCUGUAUUCCCUAUAAAACAGUAAAUCUACAUCAGACCAUAGAGGAGGUUGUGAAUUUAACUAUUGACCCCUUUUAGAACAAAGUGUCUGCUAACAUGGCAAUCAGAACAGGUGAAUACAGAAACUCUUUACAACUGCAGAGAUACCAUAGAUAAAUUAGAGAACAUUAUAUGAUACUAGCAAAGACAACUUCUGUUAUAAAUCAGAGGGCAAGGCUUUUCUGAAUCAGAUGUAAUAAAUUACUAAGUAAUAAUUUACAGAAAAUAAUUACUAAGUAAUAAAGGAUAGAGACUGAUUUACUAAAAUAAGCAAAUGUUACUUUUACUAGUCAGAUUGGUUGUAAUCUUUUUCUAUUGACAUAAUUUGUUUCAUAUACGAUAUACUUAUUUUUAUUCCCUUUCUGUGGGUGAUUAAAAAAACACAAUGUGGUGGAUGAGAACACUGCCCAACUUCACUGGUAGUUCCAAUAUGUGGAUGAUGUGUAUAUACUGGAUCCUAGGUAUAGUAAUAUAAUACUUCCAAGUUCUGCAUAUUAUGCUGAUAUCUCUAGUAUCAAAUACACGCCCACACUUUGUGAAUCUUACAUAGAGUAACAAAUGUGUCCAUAUUGACUAAAUUCAAUGUGCUAUCUGAAGAGAGAUGGAUGUUAUAAUCAAGUAGACUGAGUUAACACAGAGUCAUGAAAAGAUUUUUUUUUUUUUAAGUUUUGGAAUUAUUUCCAGAAACUAAUAAAGGCGGUGAUUUACUGAUAGUAUUGAGUCUGUGAGAUUGUAACAUAUACUGAAACAACCUCGUGGAUGGUGGUGAAAUCUUUUUCAGCAAACAUAGCAAAGAGUUCAUUUAAUUUUUGAUGCUCUCAAGAGCACAUUCCAAAAUAACACAGAUGUCAAAGAGAACAUGCCGUCUAAACCAAAAAUGUUAAAUUCAGAUAAGCUAUUUAUAAAUAGCUGUAAAUAUAAUCUCAGCCAAUAUAUGAUAUCACAAAAGGUUUCAAGUCAAUAGUAUUAGAGGAUUUAAUCAUUCCAUUGCAUCUCAUGCACCUUCAUGAUAUUAAUUUAUUUUGACUGCAGGUUAUAUAACUGCGAAAGGAUAUCUAUCUUUGUUUUAGGUUCCUUGUUGCUGAAAAGGGAACCAUAGCUACAUCAGAAAUAUUUUAUCAGUAAUAUUUUUAAAAUUAGAAUUUUAUAUGAUAAAGAAAACAGCAACCAGGUGGAGCACCACACCAUAAAUAUGAAAAUUAAAUACUAUAUAUAUUAAACAUAAUGGAAAUGGAGGAAAAAGAAAAAUGAGUGUUUUGUAAAAUAUAAAAACAUACUACAGCACUCCUUAAUACAACUGGAAAUUUUACUUUAGCAAGUAUAAAAAUAGAGAAAAAUGCAACUUCAAGCUCUUCAUGUUAGUAAUGGGUAUGUGAUAUAUCAAUGUAUAUAAUUAGCCAGUUGUUUUUAGAUGUUACCCUGCACAAACACAUCUGAUACUAAUGCACUGCCUUAUAGGCUAAAAAUGUCAAAAGUUAGGUGUUCAGUAACCUCAAUUGGAAAGAUAUAUGUUAGAAUCUCCUGAGAAAAGCCAUUUCUCUAGGACAGAAAUUUACCUCAGUAAUCACGUAACAUAAACACUUGGCAUAGUAGCAAAGAAAUUGCCUUAGUGUUCUAAUCUCACCUAAUUGUAACCUUUGUCUUUCUGUCCUAUUCAAAUCAUUUUUUGUUUCCACUGGUAUCAUUGUGAAAUGAUUCAGAGAUAUUUCAGGUCAGAUGAAUAACAUCAAUUACAAAUAUCUCUUUCAACAUUUUAUACGUAUUUCUACUUUGAAAUUUAAACCAAUAGUAUAAGAAUGAACACUGAUCCAAACAAACACUGACAAAUUCACAGAAAUUGAGUGAAAAACAGAUAUUAUAAAAUUUGUCAAUAUUCUGGUAGAAUACUGAAGUAGCAGCCUUCGAUUUUUAAACAGAAUUGUGAGCUUAUAAUUGGACAGAAACAUGCAUCUUUUUUUAGAACAAUGCUAAUUCUUUAUAUGAAGUAAGGGUAUAAGAUCAUGAGUACUAUAAAACAGUACAUAACUAAAGCUCUUAAAGGAAAAUGAGGGCAUACCCAGUUAACUCAUGGUUAGUGCCUAAGUAUAAAAAACAUAUGAAAGAUAUUUAUGAAGAUUUUAAAAAUUAUAUGCCUUUCCAAUUUAAAGAGCAGUGCGUCUUAAAAAUCUGUCUUAUACUAACUAACAUUGGACUGGGGGUAAUAUUCAAGGUUGCACUCAAUGUGGCCUUACAUUCAAGGGCACACUGGGCAUUGUAAGACAAAUACAUCAUAAACUAGAAUGUUGUGCUGAUUCACAUAACUUUGCCAUGUGCUCUGCUAUAGAGCUGAAUUUAUAUGCCCUUAAGAAGGGAGAAGAAAAUCAAUAUAGAUAUGAAAAUAUGAUAAUUGUAUCAUGUUAGGCCACUUAGCUUCAGAGUAAGAUGUCGUUAACCCUUAUUUCACAUAGAAAAACCGGAAGGAGAGACUGGUGAACAAGAAUAAAAUGGUUAACUUUUCGACUUACGAAGAUGUUUCCUGAGUAUUUUAUCUACUUGUUUUUCUCCAUGAAAAAAAAAUCACACAAAAUACAGACAUAUCUGUAGCAUUUGGUCUGUAGCUAGAUUUGAUCCCAGGCAUAACACUUUUUGACACAGGCCUUUUUAUAAAUGCCUCAUAUACGAUGAAGCUUUGGUGAGAUGUGACUGCAUGGUAGGUUGCUUUUUUUCUAGGAUAGGAUAUGGUGCUGCUUGUACUUGCCACAUUUUAUAUGAAUAUAUGUUUCUAUGUUGGCCUGUCUUGCUAAGAUAUGGAUGAAUAAAGCCUGGUGUGAGCUGUCUAUUUGCAAAGUCACUAGAAUGCAUGUUUCAUUUGUUCUUUCGUAAUGCCAAUUUGAACGUUUUCCCUCUCUAUAUAUUGGUAACCCAGUUGUGAAGGUAAAACAUAGUUUUCUUGAGUGAUUGAUUCAAUCCUUAAAUCAAUGUCAUAAUUUUUGCUACCACUGAAACAACACCACAGAGGCCACAUUAUUGCCUGUCUUCUCACAGCUCUUGAGUAGGUCCUACUGCCUGGGUAAAAUUAGGGUUGUUUUUGGUUUUGUUUUUUUGUUACUUCUUUUCUAUCCGAAGUGGAAUACAUUAUUCUUUUCUAUGUUCAUAAAUACAAAAUUUCACAAUCUUUGUUACUUUGUUACUUUCAAACAAACCUUAUUUCUUAACAAGGACGAUUGGGUGUCUGGUUUUUCUGCUCCUCCAAUCCUUGUUUGCUUUCUGAAAUUAUUUGUUUGCUUUCUGUGUGUCACCCCAAACUACAGAUGGUUGGGAGGGAUAUAUUAUUUUGUAUUGUCUUAUGUAGUCUGUGCCCAUAUUUGCAUUCCUUCCCAUUUCCACCUUGCCCCCUUUUUUUUACAGAUUUGAUUUUUCCUUCUGUUUAUGAAAACCAGAAUUGAGCAGCACUGUAUAUCAGGCAUGGGCCCAGAAAAUAUAUUUUUGUUCCUCAGUAAUUUCCUUCACAAGUUUCAGGCAAAGACAGUUCCCAAUCAAUUUCACACACCUUCCAAUCUCUUACAUUGGAUUCUAACUUUUUUAGAGUUAUUCCCCUGAGAAAAGUGAAAUGCUGAGUAUGAAGGCUGUUGUCUGUUGAUAAGCCACCUAAGGAACUUUGCUUUUGGAGAAUGUAUCUUAAAUAAUUAUACAGGAAAGUAAAUACCAUAAGAUAGUGUUCUCUUUAAGGUAUAUCAUGUGUACAUGAAUGCCUAAAACCUCAAUUCUUUAUCUGUUUCCCUUUAUGUGUAAAUUACAUAAAUUAUAUAUUAUAAAGAGAGAGAAUGAAAGAAUAAGGGGUAUUAUAGUGGCAGCUUUUUGCUGCAUUGGUUUUGACUGCAUCAGCAUUUUUAUUGUGGACCUCUAUUUUCAGGGGUUUUAGAGACUCACCCAUAAAAAUUUGCUUCAAGCUUAAAAGUCUUGAAAGAUUUUUUUUUAGGUAUAUAAUUUUAAACAAAUAUAUUUUGUUUUUAUAUUAUAGGAAGGAAAUAAAUGGAGUUUACUAGUUCAAAUUUGUGCUACUAUAACUUUUAAUAAACCUAAUUUUUAGCAAAAACAUAGUCCAUAGUCUAUUGAUGAUUUUUUAAAAGAAUCAAUUAUUGAUAUUGAGAAAAUUGCCUGCUUCAUCAGUGUAGUAAUCUAUCUUCGGGAUGUUUUAAAAUCUGUAUACCUAUAUAAACAUUAUCUUGAUUCCAGUAGUGGAUCAGUAUGAUAAUGAACACAAUUUAUGCCAUCCAUAUGAGCUAUCUGGUAAUAUAGACUUGGAAAUAUAUAUAUAGUGUGUGUAUGUGUAUAUGUGUGUGUAUAUAUGAUGUGUGUGUGUGUGUAUGCAUGUGUGUGUAUAUAUAUAUAUAUAUAUAUAUAUAUACACACACAUACAUAUUUAACAGAUUAAGGGGAAAAAGCUCCCAUAAAUUUAGUUUGUCAAAUAAAUACCAUAUGCUAUAUUAAAAAAUAAUUGCACAUACAUUUGUCUUUCAGAGCCAGAAUGAGAUGCAAGCAAUUGCAAAGGAAAGUUGUCUCUUGGAUAAACAGUAGACAUUUUAUAGCUUCUUAUGAAAAUCAUUUUUCCUUUCUAUAUUGUGGUUAUGGGAAAUUAAAAGAAUGUAAUGCAUAAAAUUAAUGCAGACUUUAUUUAAAUAACAUUAAAAAAAUGAAGCAGAGAGAAACACUAAGAAAUUAAAUAUUUAGGCUAUUAUCUUGUGGUUGUCUGACAAUACUUGCCUUUAUUUUAAUUCCCCAUGAUAUUUUCAGUAAUGGAGAGGAUAUUAAAAUCUAACUUUAAAUUUCUGGAUUGUUAACAUUACAUUCAACACUACUUCAUUAAGUUUCUGAUAAUAUGUAGUCUUCUGUGUGCAAGGAAAGAAAUAAAUAACACAUUUAUUUGCUGAAUGAGCUUUAAGGUUUGGAAGUUUUUAGUGAUUUUUUUGCCCACACAGGAUUCUAUACAUUUAUUAACAUCUUAAAUCUGGCAUAUAUAUUUUUUUUUCAGAUAGCUUCUACUGACAAACACAAAGCUUGUUUGUGUGCAAAUAUAAGGCAAAUAAAUGGUGCUAAAGUGUAUUACGACUGUCAGAUAUAAUCAGGCAAAAUUUUGUGGUGCUUAAUUUUUUCAUUGAUUUUAUUGAUCAAUGCAUCAAACAGUGUUUAUUAUUCACAAAUUGUCUUUUAUUAGUAAAUCAAGGCCUCAUAGCACAUUGUUAAAUAAAAUGGUUGACUAGUCCAUGUAACAGCUCACCAAGCUACUAUCUCUUCAACUCCUUAUAAUGUUGCGUCAUUAAAGGUCAAGGGGUCAUGCUAUUAAUCUCAUCGCUGUAGACCAUUAACAUGACUGAACUUUUCCACGAAGUACUUAUGUUUACAAUGCUAUAACCCUUUGACUGCUGCGGCAACCUUUAACCACACAAAUGUCACAAGCUAGAAUCAUCAGCAUGGUUCUUGCCAUGGCAAUCAAAGAGUUAAGGGAUGUGCAGUGAUUUGUUUUGUAUUUAUUAAUUUAUAUUUAUUUUGUUUCCAUUCAAGGAGGGGACUUGGGGUGGGGCAGUUUUUGUCUGCUGUAAGUGUCUUAACCUAGGGAAGGGUUAAAUGGCUUUUUAUACUAUUGCAUCUUCUGUAUUUACCAUCAAUUCAUUGUGUUGUAAUUAAAAAAACUGUCAAUAAAUAAGAGAAAAGAAAAACA